ACAAUACAACUUCCAUAUAAACAACUUUUUUCUCUUCCCUCCUUAAGAAAUAAAAGAAUCCAUCUUCUCUUCCUCUUUCAUCCCUUCAAUCUUGCUUAUGGCUUCACUUCUACUCCUUCUCAACUGUAAUAUCGCUCUUGCAUUAUUCGUUUCCCACGCACUGGUUCUGUUUGCCGAGGGAAGGCCCAUACCGUCGCUGCGAGACUUUAGCUCGAUUUCAAGUGUUGAUCUCUCUAUCGAUAAAGCAGUGAAGAAAAAGGUGGCCCCGGCUGUCAUGGCACUGGCCAAUCGACAAAUUGGGUUUGGACAGUCGGAUUUGGCCAACAUGGAUGACUUCCGCCCGACAAACCCUGGGAGUAGUCCUGGAGUUGGCCAUGCUCUAGAGGAUUUCAUGAAGAAAGCUGGCCCACGGAAAGGGCUACAGCACAUAAAUGUUGACGAUACCCAUCCUCUUACUGGGUCACGAACUACGGGACCUGGACACAGUCCCGGUGUCGGCCAUGCUGCGGGGAAUGUAAAUUCAGAACCCAAAGUCUAGGCGUGCAUAGUCAUACUCAGAAGCGCCAGAGGUAUUUGAUGUACAGCUAUUGAUGGUGAACCUCUCACGUGAAUAAAUUCCAAUUCGGGUUUGGAUCCUGAGCCCGGGAAUGUACUAAUAAAUAAGCGAUGGAUUAUUCUCACGGUGACCGUGCCCUUUUAUUAGCUAUUAUGAUUUUUAUUUCGUUGUAUUAGACUUAUGUGAUUCCUUUGUAACCGAAAAAAAAAAACAAUUGAUUAUGUUAAAAAGUAGUUUCUAUUAUUACCGCUCUCCUCUAUAAAGAAGACGAAAGAGAGAGAAAUAAGGUUAUGCCUAAUGUAUGUAUAGUUAUUAUAAGGAUUGUACGUAUAUGUAGUAUGAAACCAUGUAAUAACAUUUAUUGUGCGUGAAAAGAAUGAAAAAUAUUGUUUGGUUUAGU